AUUAUUUAGUUCCCUCGACAUAGGAAAGCUACAGCGAAGACUAGAACGGUUUGAGGAUGAAGGAUAUUGCCGCAACACCUAUAAUGUCCGGGCAACAACACCAACCCUCGGGUAUAAUGCACUCCGAAUCAGCUCAGAGCUCCAGAGACUACUCGGAUGACGAGCCUAUGGUCUAUGAGACUCCCCAAGACUACGCGACUUCGGCGCGUCAGGAGCGCGACCGUCUUAUCGCCGAAGGCACUGAUCCUGAUUCUAUUAUCCUCCAAAGCGAAGUAAAGAAUUAUGUUCCACGACAAGAUGGCGAUUCCUCUACCGACUUUGUAAAGCGCUAUGUCGAAACUAUGAACGCUAUGAUUGGUCGCGGUAUUUGUAUCCUGAAUGAUCAGUGUACAGCAGAUAUGGUGCCAACUGGAUUCGGACCUUUAGAUGGAAGAUUUUUCGAUUUGGGUCCGGGAUCGGGCGCGACGAAGCGUGAGUAUCGAGAAUUUAGUGAGUGGUUCUCAGAAGCAUCGGAAACAGGACGGAUACAUGAGGUGCCGGAGAAGUGGUUGAAAUUUGAGAAGCCACAUCCAAGGGAGAUUUGAAUUGUAACACCGGGAACAGGCCUUGAUUUUGUAUUUCAGAUUAUCUAUGCCGUGGGAACCCAGUUUCUAUCGUGCGGUGCCGAGGGCCGUCCGGUAUACAAACAUAUGAUUUAUACUACGGAAUGGAAUAUAGAUAGGGAUUCACAGAAUCCUUGAGACACUUCAGUCUUUC